AUGCGACCACUCCUACUACCGCCCUCCCUCCUCGUCGCCCUCCUCCUGCAGACCGCCCCAGCGCACGGCAUCGACAACGACUUCUCCGCCUACCCGGAGGGGUCGCAGCAGUGCCUCUACGAUGCGGCCGACAGCAGCCAGUGUACGGGCAGCACCGGCCAGGAGCUGAACCAGUGCCUGUGCACGAACCAGGGCAACUUCAUCUACAACACGGCGGACUGCGUAGCGAAGGCCUCGCCAGCGGACCUCGAGGCCGUCUACUCGACGCUCGAGAACAACUGCGCCGGCACCGGCGUCACCAUCGCCGUGUCCAAGGAGGCCUUUCUGAGCUCGGCCGCUGCGGCCACGUCGUCGACGUCAAGCACGAGUACGGCGAUUUCGACUUCGACGACCUCCUCCUCAGACGGCACAACGGCCACAACUUCAUAUUCUACCUCCACCACUUCCACCUCAUCUACCUCCUCCUCACCCACAAACACCGGCACCGCGACCCCCGACGACACAGGGUCCCUCACGACAGGCGCCAAGAUCGGCGUCGGCGUCGGCGUAGCCUUCGGCGCCAUCGUCGCCGCCCUAGCCGCGUGGUUCAUCUGGGCGUACUCGCGGCGGAAGCGCAACUACACGCACCACAGCCAGCUGCAGGACCUAAACCUCAACAGCGACGACUCCAACCCCUCCAACACUAACGGGCUCGGAUUCGCCCCCAGUAGUAACCCGUACAACACCGAGUUCGCGCAGCACAACCCACAACACGAGGCAGCCGAACUGGCACCCGUCGAGUGGAAGCCCGGCGGGUACUACAGCCCCACUAAGGACGGCGCCGGGGAGCAGGGGGCCAAGGCGAGCGAGCCGCUGCUGGCGGAGCUGGGAGGCGACGACCAUCACGGCCGCGACGUGGUCGAGAUGGGCGAGAGCGCGCCGGUCGAAUUGCCCGCCGACGAGGCGUAUCUGGGGUACACAGACCACAGCCCCAACCCCAACUCCAGCCCCAGUCAUGGGGCAGCGGCCGGCGAUAGGACGACGAGGAGUGUCUCGAUGAUGUCGUCGCAGCUGGACGGCGGGCUCUCCCCGGCGGGUUACUCGCAGGGCGCGCCCGCCGCCGGCGAUGUGUCGCCGUUUUCGUCGCGGCACUCGGGGACGACGGGGACGGGGACGGGGGUAGGGACGGGGACGUACUGA